GUGAUUCAUAAAAAAAAAUUUUUUUCUUGAUAAAAGUCACGAUUUAAAAAGAAAAAUUUUGGUAAAAGCUCAAGUUUUUAAAAGGUUUAUAAAGAAUUUUAUAUAUAAUAUCAAAAUGUUACAAAAGGAUGAUAAAGAUCCCAUUAAAACCAUGAAAUUUCAAUUUGAAACUACGAUAUUUAAUAAAGAUAAUUCAGAUUUGGGAACCAUGAAUAAUCUUAAAGAAUUUAAUGGAUCUAUUGACGUAAAAAAUGAAAUAGAAGAAAAAGAUUGUCUUUGGAAUAAUACAGCUAUUAUUGUUUGUAUAGCGGUCGGUAUUGGUGCUAUAGCCAUUGCUGCCGUAGUAACGUUAGCAAUGAUUAUAACAGAUCAAGACCUUACGGCUGUUAUUAAGUGUCACAGUUUAAUCGGUACAAUCAGUUUAUCAAUUGGAUCACAUUUAUGGUCCAAGAAUAUUAAAGGUAAUAAGCUUAUAUUAGAAGAACUAGAAGAAGCGGAAAACCCGAAGAUCGUAUUGAAGAAACCAGAGCAAAAUCCAAAAUUCACAUUGAAGAAACCAAGGUUCGUAUUAAAGAAAUCAAAAUUCGUAUUGAAGAAACCGGAGAAACCGAAGUUCGUAUUAAAGCAACAAAAGUUCGUCAGAAGAUUGUAUUGAAAUUAUAAAACUUAUAUUGGAAUGGUAGAAAC